AUGCUGAGAUUGACCAAGUCAUGGAUGUUGGGAUCCAUAGCUAUUUGGCCGAGUAUUGCGAGCAAUCUUAGCCUGCCGUUCAACGGAAGAUUGGUUUCCUCGCUUCCAGUCAAGCUUGAGACAAAGUCGAGGCUCGAUUCUCAUCUUGCCAAUAUCCAUUUACGUUUCGACGAGUCUAUAGAUGGAGAGGUCACAUAUACCUAUGGCACAUGCUUGGCUAAAGAGCGCCGCGAUGCCCACCAUGUCGUAGGACGGAGCACCAGCUCACACCACAGACUCGUUUGGAAGAUCCCCAGGGACGUUGCUACAGAUGGUUGCAUCUCAGCGUGGGACUCUACGGGAUCUCUAGUUGGGCGAAGUGACGCUCAGAGCUUCCGACCCAACAAGCGUGCGAUGCAGAAGCGUGGCGAAAACAGCAUCGAGAUGACUAACGCUACCGGCAUUGACACGCUGGGUCCGUGGUUCGACGGUGUUGCCCUCCUUGAGAGCAAAACCUUAAGCGCGGUGGACGUGGCUGACGCCAAGUCGAAGGAGAUCGGCAUUGUCGGCGCGGGUAUGGCUGGAUUGAUGACAUAUCUCGUUCUCAGUCAGUCUGGCAUGGAGAACAUCAAGAUCAUUGAGGCCUCUCAGCGUCUUGGUGGCCGUGUGCACACCGAGUAUCUGAGCGGUGGGCCUUUCGACUACUCGUACCAGGAGAUGGGACCUAUGCGCUUCCCUAAUACCAUCACCGUUGCCAACGAGACGCUUAACAUCACUGAUCACCAGAUGGUUUUCCAACUGGCUGAAGAGAUGAACAAGCUGAACGGCCAUGCAAGCAACUGGAGCGUCGACUUCAUCCCCUGGUACCAAUCCAACAACAACGGACUCUACUACCACAAUGGCAUCAAGCUCGACUCUGGUCUUCCUCCAACCGUAGGUCAAAUAGCAGACAACUCGUCCCUAGCCAUCACGCUCGCAGACGACGACUCCACUACAUCUAUGACCAACAGGCUCAAUGACAUUCUCAGCAAUGACACAUUCACUGCUCUCAUGGCCACGAACAUGCACAAGGCCCACAAAGAGUUCCUUACCAGCGGUCUAGAUGGGCUGCCUGGAGAUCACUGGUCAGAAUUCGGCUUCUUGGUCAACUACCUAAAGGCCAACCUCAAUGAUACCGAUAUACUCUCCGAAGGCUACUUUGAGACUUCGUUUUGGGAUACUCUGUAUGAAGGUAUGUACUUCGAUGCUAGUACUUGGAAGACCAUUGACGGCGGCUUGAGCCGUCUUCCCCUGUCCUUCCACCCACUGGUUGACAACAUUACAACCAUGGACCGCGCAAUCGAGCGCGUCAAGUGGGACGCCGAGAACGAGAAGGUGACGCUUGAGUGGCGCGAGAGCAAGUCCGCCAACCUCACAACUGGCCCUAGUGCCGUCUGGGCGAACGAGACCUUUGAUUACACCGUCCUGGCCCUUCCCUUCUCCGUGAUCCAGAGCUGGCGUCUUCCCUCGCUUCCCGAGACUAUCACCAAUGCCAUCAGCGAAAUGCCGUUCACCGCUGCCUGUAAGGUCGCGCUAGAGUUUUCCUCCCGCUUCUGGGAGCACUACGAGAACCCCAUCUAUGGCGGAUGCUCGACCAGCACCGAUAUCCCCGGCAUCGGCAGCGUCUGCUACCCCUCCUACAACAUCAACGGGACCGGCCCGGCAACGAUGCUCGGAUCGUACAUCAGUGGCGACCAGUGGGGAAACCGCUGGGUUUCCGUCUCGGAGGAGGAGCACGUCCAGUAUGUGCUUGACGCCAUGAUCGAGAUCCACGGCGACGUUGCCGCCGAGCAGUUCACGGGUAACUACAACCGUCGCUGCUGGAUGCUCGACCCCUACGAGAAGGGGAGCUGGGCCAGCCCCAAGGUCGGACAGCACGAGCUGUACAUUCCGGAGUACUUCAAGACCUACAACAAUAUGAUCUUCGUCGGCGAGCAGACUUCCUAUACCCAUGCCUGGAUUUCGUCCGCACUCGAGUCGGGAGUGCGUGGUGCUAUUCAGCUGCUGCUGGAAUUGGGUCUCGUUGACGAGGCUAAGGCUGCUAACGAUAAAUGGAUGGCGAGAUGGAUUGAUGUGUAA